AGAAGGUCAAUAAAAAUGGAAGCCUCAUCUUCUGGAUCUAAUAUACCUGCAGUUACUAAUGGAAAAACAAAAAUCCAUCAUGCAGAAGGAACAGAGGACUUGCAAAGUAACCAGCUGGAAACGCAAAUUUCGAUAAAGCCAGACGUCCAGAGGACAGAUGUGGACUUUUCAGAAAUUCUUAAUGCAAUACAAGAAAUAGCUAAGGACGUGAACAUUUUUUUUGAUGAGUUAGAAGGAGUAAACAGCCCUUCCAAAGAUGAUGACUCUCUUCUUCACCAUGGUAAUUUGACCAGUACUUCAGAUGAUGCCAGCAGAUUGGAAACAGUUGGAGAGGGAGUACCUGAUAAAAACAAAUCCAAUGGGCUAUAUUUUAGGGAUGGAAAAUGCCGGAUCGACUACAUUCUGGUGUACAGAAAAUCUAGCCCACAGACAGAGAAGAGAGAAGUAUUUGAAAGAAAUAUCAGAGCAGAAGGACUACAAAUGGAGAAAGAGUCAUCUUUAACGAACAGUGAUAUCAUCUUUGUGAAGUUGCAUGCCCCAUGGGAGGUCCUGGGCAGAUAUGCAGAAGUAAUGAAUGUAAGAAUGCCUUUCAGGCCCUUUAACCCCUUCACUGCCGGAGCCCCCUGCAUACUCGUGCGCUGCUGUUUUUUAAAUGGACAUGUCCUUGAAAUCAAUGGGCAGUCGAGACGAUCCAGGAGAAAAAUCUAUUACCUGCACCGCCGGCACAAGUUCAUGAACAGGAUCGAGAGACAAAUCAGCAGGUUUCGAGGAUGGUUACCUAGAAAGCCUAUGAGACUGGACAAGGAGACACUGCCAGACCUGGAGGAGAAUGACUGCUAUACUGCCCCUUUCAGUCAGCAAAGGAUCCAUCACUUUAUCAUACACAACAAAGACACUUUCUUCAACAAUGCUACAAGAAGUAGAAUAGUACACCAUAUUUUACAGAGAGUGAAAUAUGAAGAAGGAAAAAACAAAAUUGGUCUGAAUCGAUUGCUUACUAAUGGCUCCUAUGAAGCUGCAUUUCCUCUUCAUGAGGGAAGCUACCGAAGUAAAAAUUCCAUAAGAACCCAUGGAGCAGAAAACCACAGACAUCUGCUUUAUGAGUGCUGGGCCUCAUGGGGCGUGUGGUAUAAAUACCAGCCCUUGGAUCUCGUACGGCGGUAUUUUGGUGAGAAAAUUGGCUUGUACUUUGCCUGGUUAGGCUGGUACACAGGAAUGCUCUUCCCAGCUGCCUUCAUUGGAUUGUUUGUCUUUUUGUAUGGAGUCACAACACUGAACCACUGCCAAGUCAGUAAAGAAGUCUGUCAAGCUACAGAUAUUAUAAUGUGUCCAAUAUGUGAUAAAUACUGUCCCUUCAUGAGGUUGUCAGACAGCUGUGUUUAUGCCAAGGUAACUCACCUUUUUGACAAUGGAGCUACUGUCUUUUUUGCUGUUUUCAUGGCAGUGUGGGCAACUGUUUUCCUGGAGUUUUGGAAAAGAAGACGAGCAGUAAUUGCUUAUGACUGGGACUUGAUAGACUGGGAAGAAGAAGAGGAAGAAAUACGUCCCCAGUUUGAAGCAAAAUACUCCAAGAAAGAACGGAUGAAUCCCAUAUCUGGAAAACCAGAGCCUUAUCAAGCAUUUGCAGAUAAAUGCAGCAGACUUAUUGUUUCUGCAUCUGGAAUAUUUUUUAUGAUCUGUGUGGUGAUUGCUGCUGUUUUUGGCAUUGUUAUUUACCGUGUUGUGACUGUCAGCACUUUUGCUGCCUUUAAGUGGGCUUUAAUCAGGAAUAACUCUCAGGUUGCAACUACAGGGACUGCCGUGUGCAUCAACUUUUGCAUCAUCAUGCUACUGAAUGUGUUGUAUGAAAAAGUUGCUCUUCUUCUGACAAAUUUAGAGCAGCCUCGGACUGAGUCUGAGUGGGAGAACAGCUUCACUUUGAAAAUGUUUCUUUUCCAGUUUGUCAAUCUGAACAGCUCUACCUUUUAUAUAGCAUUCUUCUUGGGAAGAUUUACAGGACACCCUGGUGCCUACUUGAGGCUGAUAAACAGGUGGAGACUGGAAGAGUGCCACCCUAGUGGAUGCCUUAUUGAUCUCUGUAUGCAAAUGGGUAUUAUAAUGGUGCUAAAGCAGACCUGGAAUAAUUUCAUGGAACUGGGCUACCCGUUAAUUCAGAACUGGUGGACCAGGAGAAAAUUACGGCAAGAACAUGGCUCACAGAGAAAAGCAAGCUUCCCACAGUGGGAAAAGGACUACAAUCUUCAGCCUAUGAAUGCUUAUGGACUCUUUGAUGAAUACCUAGAAAUGAUUCUUCAGUUUGGAUUCACAACCAUCUUUGUGGCAGCUUUUCCACUAGCACCGCUUCUGGCCUUACUUAACAAUAUUAUUGAAAUCCGGCUUGAUGCAUACAAAUUUGUUACACAGUGGAGGCGGCCAUUAGCCUCAAGAGCCAAAGAUAUAGGAAUCUGGUAUGGAAUUCUGGAAGGCAUUGGAAUUCUCUCUGUUAUCACAAAUGCAUUUGUUGUAGCUGUGACUUCAGAUUUCAUCCCUCGACUCGUUUAUGCUUACAAAUAUGGACCUUGUGCAGGCCAAGGAGAAGCUGGACAAAAGUGUAUGGUAGGCUAUGUUAAUGCCAGUCUAUCUGUAUUUCUGGUGUCUGACUUUGAAAACCGUUCGGAACCAACAUCUAAUGGAAGUGAAUUCUCUGGCUCACCAUUAAAAUAUUGCAGGUACAGAGACUAUCGAGACCCUCCUCAUUCCCCGGUGCCCUAUGGCUACACAUUGCAAUUCUGGCAUGUCUUAGCAGCACGGUUGGCUUUUAUUAUUGUAUUUGAGCACCUUGUCUUUUGCAUAAAGCACCUGAUUUCGUAUUUAAUCCCAGACCUUCCGAAAGAUCUGAGGGAUCGGAUGAGGAGAGAAAAGUACCUGAUUCAGGAAAUGAUGUACGAAGCAGAACUGGAACGUCUGCAGAAAGAAAGGAAGGAGAGGAAGAAAAAUGGAAAAUCUCAUCACAAUGAAUGGCCGUGA